UGGUCUCUUUCCUCUUCUCCAGCCACAGACAGAGAGAGAGAGAGAGAGAGAGAGAGAGGCAUGAACGCAUUCAGGCUUCUUGCAGACUUGACCCAUCUCCUCAGCAUCAUCAUUCUCCUUGUGAAGAUCCGCACCACCAAAUCAUGUGCAGGCAUCUCUCUCAAAACACAAGAUUUAUAUGUCCUUGUUUUCAUUUCUCGUUAUCUUGACUUGUUUACAAGACCCCUUUCUCUCUACAACACUCCCUUCAAACUUGUUUUCCUUGCCACUUCCAUCACCAUUGUUUACUACAUGAGGUAUCACAAGGUUGUCAAGCAGACUUACAACAAGGACUCUGAUACUUUUAAGCACUACUUCCUCAUCCUCCCUUGUGCUGUCCUUGCAUUUUUCAUCAAUCCUAAGUUCACCUUCAUUGAGGUCUUGUGGUCUUUCUCAAUCUACCUUGAAGCUGUUGCAAUCUUGCCACAACUUGUUUUGCUGCAGAGCUCCAGCAACAUUGAUAACUUGACAGGAAACUAUGUGUUUAUGUUGGGGGCUUAUAGGGCAUUGUAUCUUUUAAACUGGAUUUAUCGCUUCUUUGCGGAGGAUGUAGUUCGCUGGAUUCCUUGGAUAGCCGGCCUUGUUCAAACAGCUCUUUAUGCCGAUUUCUUUUACUACUACAUAAAGAGCUGGAGAAACAAUGAGAGAUUGAAACUCCCUGAAUGAAAUGGCAUCAAGGAUCAACAAUUCACCAUUACAGUUUUGGUUAAACUUCAACAGAGAAAUUUGGUGAUCAUUGUGUGACGGAAGAACAAAAUCAAGUGCACUAGUGUAUCUGUUUUAUCGAAACUUGUGUGAUUUUUACUUAUAUUAAAUAUCAUUGAGCACAUUAA